UAGGUUUUAUUUAUUUAUUAAAAAUGACAUAAUGAGUGUAAAAUGAAAGGUAAUGUUGGGAUAAUAAGAAACAAGUGAGGGCAUAAUAGGAAUAAAAGAUGCAUUUCCGAUUCUCUUACCCUCAGGGAAUUCAAAUACCUCACAAAACUAGGGAAUCCCGUUCCUCCAAUUUUAGGAAUUGAAUUCCUUGUUUCAUAUGGGUUCCACCACUUUUUUGAUUCCUUAAUGUUUAGUAAGUAUCGAAAUACUCUGUAAUCGGAAAUCAAUUCCCUUUCCUUAUUCCAAUUACCCUUAUGUAAACGUGCCACUAGUAUUUCGUGUAAUCUGAUGGUGAUACAACUCCCAACUUGCUCACCAGGCAGAGGCAGCCCUAUGAAUUUGACAAAGUGUGGUGAUAUUUUCAACCAAUCUUGUUUAUUAACAUUUCUUUCCUCUCAUUUCUUCUUUUUGGAAACCUGUAGAAGUACCACUCCAUUAAAAAAACAUGAGUUCUAGGAUUAGGGAAAAGGGUAGUGUUAUUCACACACAUAUUUUUACUUCUUACAUGUCUCAAUUUUCGGCCAUUGAAUCAUAUGAAUUAAAAAAGAUCAAUGCUCGAAACUUAUAAAGAUGUGUGAGAGGUAAAAAUGAGUAUGUGAAUAACAUUAUUCUAAGGAAAAAAAAUAGAGGGGGAUGGUGAAGCAAGAGUUGGUUUGCCAUGGUAGUUAGGGGAUUGUGCUUUUAACUUUAUUGCUUUUGGGGUUCAAACCCUUUCGUUAUUUCUCUAUCUUCUUUGCUUCGAUAAAGUAUACAAAUUGAAAUUUAUAUUGUUAUUCAACAUUAUCAAAUUUAGUGGGUUAUUGAUUCUAGUUAAGUCAAUUCUACGCAAGUACGUUAUAGUUUAGUUAAUUAAGAAUAUUUAUUCUUGCAUAUGAGAUCUUGUUUUUGAAUCUCUUUUUCUUUUUCGUAAUUUCAUGUAGAUAUCUUUUCGUCCUUUUUCAUUUGAUAUAAAAAAAAAAAAAAACGUCAGCGAAAUACUUUUAUCAAAAUUUGUUGAAAGCGGAAAAAUAAAAAAUUGAAGGUGGUAACAGCACUGGCCUUUCUUGAAAUUUAACCAGCGCGGACAGCGACAAGCGGUUGGUGAGUGCUAAAUCAGGCGGGUUAAGAUGAACCAAAAUGGCAUCCUGAUGACGACACGUGUCAGUCAUGCUUCCCUUCCCUGGCCGCAUGACCCACCACCAACACAGUCAGUAAACGCACGGAAGCCCGUGACCCCUCUUUUUUAACAACAGAGAGAUUCUCCUCCUAUUAGAGAAGAGGCAUUAACGGCAGUCAGUGACGCCGUAACCUUUGAGCUCUCAGCUCGUUUCCCAACGAACCUUUCUCCCGCAGGAGUGAGUAAAGUCAACGCGCCGCUGCACCGCCUGCAUGGGCUCUGCUACGCUCCGGCUGUUAAAAUUUCCGAUCAAAGUGUGACUGGCGGCCUAGCAUAUGCAGUUUGUUGUCAUAGUAAACUCAUAUUUUCUAUCGUGCUUUAUUUGUUUCAUUUCGGAAAAGGUCGAUAUGACAAAUUACUCAAACAGGAAAAGCUCCUCAGAACAGGAAUAUGAGAAGGCAAUUGUUACUAAAGAAGAGAUCUUGGAUUAUGAGUUGCAUUCAGAUCCUACAUUUUCAGGCCAUUGCGGGAACAAUGUCGCAAGUUCAUCGGGUAGCAAUUUGAGAUCAGAUUUGAUUGGAAUGGGAUUUUCACCAUCACUUGUGGACAAAGUGAUUGAAGAAAAGGGUGAAGGUGACACAGAAGUGUUAUUGGAGACACUUUUGUCGUAUCCAGAUUCUCGAAAGUCAGAUUCUGGAUCAUCAGAUUCUCUGGAUAGCUUAUUUGAUGACAAGGAUGCAAGCAGUAUUCCGGAGAUUCCUAAUAUUGCUGAACCAAAAGAGGAGCCUGAUUUGCCAGAUGGACUUAAUGAGGAAAAAAGGGCAUCUUUACUGAUGAUGAAUUUUUCUCUGGAUGAAGUUGAGUUUGCAAUUGAUAAGCUUGGUGAAGACGCUCCGAUUAAUGACUUGGUGGAUUUUAUAUUUGCUGCUCAGACAGCGGUCAAACUCGAAAAUGAUAUAGAUGAUACAACUCAUGGUGGUGAAGAGAAAAACGAGGAUGUUAGUGAUGAAAAAUUAUAUGGGACCAUGGAGAUGUCACUCCGUCUGCUUGAAAUGGGUUUCACUGAGAAUCAAGUCUCAUGGGCAAUUGAAAAGUUUGGUUCAGGAGCUCCAAUUUCAGAACUUGCGGACUCGAUCUUUAAAUAUCAAAUUUCUGGAAACUAUUAUGAAGAAACUAAGUACUCAGCCCCUUCACGCAGUGCAACAAGUUCCAGAUUUUAUGCUACAGGAUCAUAUGAUUCAGUUAAAGUUGAAAACGAGGAAUUCUAUCCACACACAGUUUCUCAAUCAAGGGGUGGUAUUUUAGCAAACAAUUUAGGGAAGAGGCCCAAGCAAGAGUUUACUGGUGAUGAUUCAAAUGUUAUUCCAAAUGCUGUUCCUCAGUUCAGGUCUUCGAGACAGGCAGCUUUUGAAGAAAAACGUAGAGGCAAAAGGCCAAAACAAGAGUAUGCUGAUAAUUCAAACUCUUUCCUUGACACAACAUGGAUGGAAGAAAAAGUUGACCCUGAAACUGGCAAAGUUGGAAUUCCAAAACUUUUCAACAACAAUCCUGGUAAGAGUGUGAAUCGAAUGGUGGCUAAACCUCCAUAUUUCUUUUAUGGAAAUAUUGUGAGUUUAGCAUAUGAUUCAUGGGCAAAAAUUUCUCAGUUCUUGUAUGGCCUUCAGCCUGAAUAUGUGAAUACUCAAUUCUUCUCGGCCUUAAGCAGAAGGGAAGGUUAUGUACACAAUCUCCCCACCGAGGAUAGGUUUCGCAUCCUUCCUGAGCCACCGAUGACCAUUGAGGAUGCAAUGCCACAUACAAAGAAAUGGUGGCCUUCAUGGGAUACAAGGAAGCAAAUGAUGUGCAUCAGUUCUGAAACCAGUGGGGUAUCUCAUCUUUGUGAUAGGCUUGGAAGGAUGCUUUCAAGUUCCCAUGGACUGCCCUCUUCUGAGCAACAGAGAGACAUCCUUCAUCAUUGCCGCUCAUCUAAUCUUGUGUGGGUUGGACAACACAAAUUGGGCCCUGUAGAGCCUGAAUAUUUAGAGCGCAUCCUAGGCUACCCAUCGAGUCACACUCAAGUUGCUGAGAGCAGUUUAGUAGAAAGGCUUCUCUCACUCAAAUAUUGCUUUCAGACAGAUACCUUGGGUUAUCAUCUCUCUGCGCUGAAGUCUAUGUACCCAGAAGGAUUAACAGUCUUCUCAGUUUUCAGUGGGAUAGGUGGGGUUGAAGUUGCUUUACAUCGGCUUGGCAUUAGAUUGAAAGGAGUUGUUUCUGUAGAAACUUCUGCAACAAAGAGGAAGAUCCUAAGAAGAUGGUGGGAGGCAACUAGACAAACUGGGCAGUUGGAGCAGAUCGAAGAUGUUCAAAAGUUGACAAGCAACAAGCUUGAAAAUUUGAUCAGGAAAUUUGGUGGUUUUGAUUUUAUCAUUUGUCAGCAGCCAUGCAGUGACUCAAUUUCUAAGCUUCCUCCACAGAGUGACUUUGUCCCAGGUUUUGACUUCUCCUUGUUUUAUGAGUUUGUUCGUGUUUUGCAACGCGUGAGAACUAUGUCAGAAAGAAAAAGUUGACAGUUCGCAUGCUCCUCAUAAUGGAUUUUGUGGUACAUCUAAUUUUUUAAGAAUAAGUAAGACUGGUUCUUUCUUGAAAAA